GGGAGUACGCUGAGGUGGACGCGGGGCUGCCUCGCGGCUGCGUGUGCUUUAAUGGACCAUGUGCUGCUGUAUAUGCCUGAAGUACUUGAAAUGCAAAUUUGGAGAGAUUUUGCCAUCUAAAUGCUUGACUGAAUUAAGUGUCUAAUUAGAAUGGUAUUUCUACAAGUUGGAGUAAGCAUGCAAUCGGUACUUUGGUCUGGGAAGCCAUAUGGUUCAUCUCGAAGUAUAGUAAGGAAAAUUGGUACUAACUUAUCUCUGAUCCAGUGUCCAAGAGUUCACUUUCAGCUUCCCAGCCCUGCAACAGAAUGGAGCCCCAGCCACUCGGGAGAGGAGACAGUGGCAUCAUUUGCUGAUGUUGGAUGGGUAGCCAAAGAAGAAGGAGAAUGUUCAAUGAGACAGAGGACAGAGGUCAGGUCAAGGCAAUCCUCCCUUCAGGAUGAACUUCAUUUCUUUGAGAAGCCCCCGAGCAGGCAUAUUUCCUUACCAAACCUGUCUUCAGAGGAGCCUCAAGCCAAGACUUCAACUCUGGCGAGUGACGAAGCUUUGCAGAAGAUCAAUGCCCUUGAAAAUGAACUUGCUGCACUCAGAGCUCAGAUUGCCAAAAUUGUGACCCUGCAAGAGCAUCAGCAUCUCGCAGCAGAUUCUGCUGCAUCUGUUACUGCCCCACCAGCCCCACCCCCACCCCCUCCACCCCCUCUGCCACUCCCACCGCCUCCUCCCUCCGGACUCCACCAAAGUAAAUCUGCUAUUGACCUGAUUAAAGAGAGAAAAGAGAAGAAAGCCAGUGCCGAAAAGAUUUUGGUUAAGGACUCUCCAAAGAAACAUGACAUGCCAAAUAUGCUAGAGAUCCUCAAAGAUAUGAACAGCGUGAAGCUUCGGUCAGUAAAAAGGCCAGAACAAGAGAUGAAGCCCAAACCUGUAGAUGCUACUGAUCCUGCUACUCUCAUAGCAGAGGCUCUAAAAAAGAAGUUUGCUUAUCGGUAUCGAAGCGAUAGUCACAGUGAAGUUGAAAAAGGAAUUACAAAGUCUGAAUCAGAGGCCACUUCAGAAACAGUAUUGUUUGGGCCACACAUGUUGAAGUCUACAGGAAAAAUGAAGGCCUUAAUUGAAAAUGCAUCAAAUUCCUAACAGACAACAAUGAGCUGAGAAGGACGCUGUUCAGCUGAUGACUUGUUAGGUCUGAGUAGAAAUCAACACUAUUAGUAAUACCUGACUUUAGUAUUCAGUGGUCUCUUUAAAUCUAAUGAGAGGAUUAAGCAAGAACAAAAACUGUCUUUGUUCUUGCUUUUAUGAGAAGGUCAGUUCUGAAGUUUCGUAAAGUGUAUUCUGAUAUACAGCAUGUUUUUUAAUGCCAUAGCUGGAGUGUUUAGCUUUCCAGUCUUAAAAACAAUUAUAUAGGGUUCAGAACAAAGAAAGGAAGGACAUUUAUAGGUAUGAUUUUUAAUUCUGAACACUAAUUUAUCUGUACAGAUGUCUUUUAUGCAUAUACUUGGAUAUAAAACCAUCUGAAAAUUUUAGAGGUGACGGCAAUAAGAAUACUUUGGUCAUUUAUUUUCAGUGAUAAUUUUGUCAAUGAUACUUUGGUAUAACACAAGUUGUUGGAGUGAAGUCUUUGAGACUGGACUCUUUCUUGCCUUAAACGGAACAUUUAUCUGAGAUUCUCUCUCACAUUUUCUUGGAAAUGUGAAUAGGAAUCAAAAAUUGUUCACUGCUGAAGUUCAGUGUUACUUUAAAGGGAAGUCAAAA